GCCAAGACCACCUGACUAAUUCUUGAGGAUGACAAAGGGUCAAGUUGCCGGGUCAAUUAAGGAGAUGAGCGUGAAACUCCCAUGGAGUCUUUUUGCCAACCGACCCUUGCUAUUCGACACAAAAUUAGUGGUCCUAGUUCCCUCUUCCUUUCAAUCGGACUUCUCUCAAGUCCUCCAAAAUAGCCAAAUUUCCAAGUCGACUGGUGUGUAACGCUGAGAAACACCCUCUAUUUCUUGAAAAAAUCCACAAAAAAUAUCCUUAUUUUAAGGAAGAAAACCUUCUUCUUCCUCUCCGCUAUGUUACUAGUUGUUCAUUAAUCGAUCUAUCCACUAAAAUUUGGUAAUCAAAAUGGGUGCCCCUCCCUCCAUUCUGGCACUCUUUCUUCUCUUCCACCUACUGUUUGAUCACUCUUCUGGGAAAUGUCCAAAGUCCUUCGACUGUGGAACUCAUGGCCAAAUCAGAUACCCUUUGUCCAUCUCCACAUAUCCCCGUUGUGGGCUAUACACUAUUACAAAUUGCACAGAGCCAGUUCCAAAACUCAAGGUGGAAGGGAAGGAAGUAUUGUAUGACCUUAAUACUAUCAAUCCCUCAGAAAAUGCCAUUAGGGUUAAUGACCCAAAUCUAGGGAACCUCAUUAGGACACACGGUUGCGAUGUUUUCGGGCUUUACUUGAACUCGACUCUUCAGAUUAAGCCCUUUAUUUCUUUCACAAUAUCACCUGGUCUCACCUUGUUCAAAUGCACUACCGCAAGCCCUGAACUUGACAAGAAACAAGAUAAGUAUUUUCGUGGCAAUGACAGUUACAGAGGUUGCAGUGGAUACACUGUCUACUAUAAGUAUCCUUAUCAUUCUAGUGUCUCGAGUAAUGCCAGUGUUGGUCUCAACUGUUUGGGUAUUGAAUUGCCAGUGGUACCCAAACUCGGAAACCGAAAUGCCAGUGAUUUGUUCUCUGUGUUGGCUUCUGAGUUCUCUAUUAGGUUUCAUGUGUCCAAGGAAUGUCAACAGCGUCGACACAAAGGGGGGCGAUGUCAUCAUGAUAUCACGCGUUUCAGGUGCAAAAAAAAGGAAGAAGGAAUUAGCAAGUUGACACUGGUACUAGGAACUGUUAUACCCGGAGUCGUAAUCCUUCUGCUAUGCUUGGUCAUAAUAUUUAUAUGGCGUCGCAGCAAAUGGAAUCAUGUUUCAUCGUUCAUCUCUUCAAAAAACACUUCCUCUGAUCACUUAUCAAAAGCAGACCUUGAAGGCGGUAGUGCCUACUUUGGUGCCUCUGUCUUCUCCUAUGCUGAACUUGAACAAGCCACUGAUGACUUCGACCCUUCCAAGGAAUUGGGAGAUGGAGGCUUCGGCACUGUGUACCAUGGAAAACUCCAGGACGGAAGGGAAGUUGCUGUCAAGCGCUUAUACGAGCACAACUACAAGCGGGUGAAGCAGUUCAUGAACGAAAUUGAAAUCCUUACCUCUUUGAGCCACCCCAAUCUGGUUACCCUUUUGGGUUGCACCUCCCGCCACAGCCGGGAACUACUACUCGUCUACGAGUACAUUCCCAAUGGCACUGUGGCGGAUCACCUACAUGGUGAUCGAGCAAAGGAUGGUUCCCUUGCAUGGCCUAUUCGAAUGAACAUAGCCAUUGAAACGGCCAGUGCAUUGGCUUACCUCCAUGAUUCUGAUAUCAUCCACCGUGAUGUGAAGACUGACAACAUACUCCUUGACAACGAUUUUUGUGUCAAAGUUGGAGAUUUCGGGCUCUCGAGACUCUUCCCCAACCAUGCCACUCACGUCUCAACGGCUCCACAAGGCACUCCUGGUUAUGUUGAUCCUGAGUACCAUCGAUGUUACCAGCUUACUGACAAGAGUGAUGUUUAUAGCUUUGGGGUUGUUCUUAUUGAGCUCAUAUCAUCACUGCCGGCUGUUGAUCUUAACAGGCAUAGGGAUGAGAUUAAUUUGGCUAACUUAGCAGUAAACCGGAUCCAAAACCGCGCAAUCCAUGAGUUGAUUGAUCCGUCUCUUGGGUUUGAGUCAGAUCCUUCGAUUGAGAGGAUGACUUUGUCGGUGGCAGAGGUGGCUUUUAGGUGUUUGCAACUUGAUAAGGACAUAAGGCCUACGAUGAAAGAGAUUUUGGAGGCUUUGAUGGGGAUUCAGGCGUACAAAGAUGAGAAUGCUGGGAAGAUAAUUGACAAUGGUAGUGUGUUAACAACUAGAAGGCCUCCUACUUCGCCUGAUGGCGAAGAUGUUGUGUUGUUGAAGAACAGCAUGCCGCCAGUUUCACCAGCUUCGGUGACCAAUAGAUGGGUUAGUACCUCUACCACUCCCACCUCUAGUGCGUAAGGCUUUCAUUUCACUGUACUUUUCUUUGAAGAUAGAUAUGCCAAGAAAAUAAUCUUGACACUCGUAGCUAUGCAACCGAGUAGUUCAAAUUCAGUUUCCAUUUUGUUGUAUUUCGAAAUGAGUACAUAUGGUCUGAUAAUUCUAUUGAGAGAAUGUGUAUAGUGAGUGCAUGGAGCUCUGUUGUGUAUUUGUUCAUAUUUUAAGAUUUUUGAAGUCAUGGCUUAGUUCUCAUUGUGCAA